UUUCCUCUGCAUUUGUUGCUUGAUUGCUGAAGCUGCCGGUCGACGCGCGGCCUUUGUCCGAUUACACUGUAAACCGGCGCAGACCCAUCUUGGGCCGCUGAACAGUUUCGUCUGUGCCGUGAUCGCUCGCGUUAGCAGCUACGACAAUGAUGUCCAGGUCGGUGCGCGCCGAGACGCGGAGUCGCGCCAAGGACGACUUCAAAAGGGUCAUGCAGGCCAUCGACAAGGUUCGCAAAUGGGAAAAGAAAUGGGUUACCAUAGGAGACACGAGCAUGAAAAUCUACAAAUGGGUCCCAGUUCCAAGUACAGACCAGGCAAGAGCAAAGACCAAAGUACCAACAGCUUCAAGCAACAAAGAAAACAUUGAAACAUCAGGAAAACAUGACAUCAAGAAUGACGACUCCCAAUCCUUGGUAGGAAAAGACAAGUCUAAUUCAAACAUGUCUGAAGGCAUGGAGGAAUCUUUCACUGGUUUCUCAGAGUUCAGCCAGGACUCUCAGGGUGACAGUCAUGUUCUAAGGGAUUCACGACCAGAAGAAUCCAGCACAUGCAUUACUGAAAACAGCAGCGACACACAAUUUCCAGACUCUCAGGGAGACCUCUCAGCAAGGCGAGACGAAUCUAGUGAAGACAGCACAGAGGCACCAUUGAAGAAGCUGAAAAUGAGCAGUGAUUGCUCUAAGGCAUAGUAGCAUCACUGCCAACCGCCAUCUCUACCAUCAUCAUGAGUAACAAACAUUUAUGUUGUAAGAGCCACCUGCGUCGUGUCAUCCAGUGCCCAUCAUCACAUCUUAUGUGCUGCUAGGAAGGGUCAAUGUGAAUCUCAGCCCUGGUGAAAGGAGAACUGGGAACUUGCGAUUGAGUGAAGUGCAUGCACUUGUGCGUAGGGAUACAUAGCAACAUGUUCUGUGUUACUUGGCGUGCGCUUAAAAUUGGGGUUGCAGGAGAAUGGUAGCCUUUCGGAAUGCCCAUUGAAUUAAAGCACCAGUGUACUCCUAACUACAUAGCUGCUGCAGGAAAUGUUUGAAUCUGUGUUAUGCAUUCCACAGCUUUUCUUUGUGAUUGGUUAUGUACAAACACAGUUGUGUCAACCAAGGUGAAGCACGUAUAAUCCAGACCUGGAGUGGUCUGUUAGCAGCAGUUCAAUAUUAAUUUCAACACCUUGAUGCCUCACUCUUCCACUGAUCUUACAUGAAGGCCCUACAACAUGAUUACAGCACCUUUUGCCUGCUUAUAUUAGCUCAACAUAUUGAACUAUUACUAGCAUGAGUAUGUGCCUGUUAAGUAGCUUGAUUAAGUGCAUCCUAUUUGGUUUAGUGAACUGCCUUGUGUCAGUUUGUUCACUUGUCUCGAAGUGACGGUUCCUUCAGGUGACAUAGUUUAUGAGUAUGAAAACUGUAAAUAUUUUAAAAUCUAUACUAAAAUAGAAGCGCUGCUGGUGUAUAAGCUAGAGCAGUAAAAUUAUGCCUGUGACCAUUUCAUCUGUUAUUGUCAUGUUCAUUGUGGACAUUCUGCAUUGAGUUGUGUUAUGUGACAGAAGUAUCUAGGUCACUAUGAGAACCUGUGUACUACAGGACAUAAUAAAAAAAAGGUGUAAAACAAA